AUGGUGUUUGUACUGGACAUUGACGAAGGUAUAGAAUUUGACAACGUGGAUCAUCUCUCAAACAGACUAGAUUUUGGGGCAAAGGCUGUGACCAACAUGACCUCUGUUAGUAGAGUGAAAAUUAACAAUUUGCGAAAUACUUUGAUGCCCAUAUACAAUGAAAUUUUGCAAGUACUGAGCGAUACGGAGCGCUCUCGUCCCGGGCCCGCUAUACCGUUACAAUUGAAAAGUUUCACGGUGCUCGGCCGAUGGCAGCUGUUGGCUCAGUGUUUGGGCAAAUUGAGCGCGACCGCCUAUUAUAACGACGCCACCUUUAGAGUGUUGUUGGAUCAAAUUGACGGGUUGGCGUUAAAUUACAAAUCGUCUACACCAGUUCAAGUGAUUAGGGAAUUUUUAGAAGACUCUAGUUUUAGUAGCGGCGGCGGUGGUUCAACAGAUUCCUCCAUUUUGACCAAAUUUUCAUCAAUUCCCAAGAUUGGAUUUGGUAAUAUAAUCGGCAUGGAAUCGGUGAAAAGGGACAUUAAAUUUAUAUUGAAAAAAAUUAAAGCCGGGUGGAGUGCAGAGUCCUCGUAUAAUCGCUUGUUACUAUACGGCCCCCCGGGCACGGGCAAGACCAUGUUUGCCGAGGCUAUCGCAAAAGAAUUGGACUAUUUGUUCAUCAAAUUGGGCAAUUCCGAGUUGGCCGACCAGUACGUGGGCGAGGGUGAGAAAAAACUGACCAACAUAUUGCGAGCAGCGUCCGCCACUCAAACCUACCCCGGCGUGUUUAUAUUGUUUGAUGAAAUUGACAGUUUUACCGGCCGAGGAUCGGACGUUACGCCGGCACAAAAAUCCAUCACCACGACCAUGUUGCAAGAAAUCAACGAUUCGUUGACCAAUCGCGUGUUCCUGUGUGCCACUACAAAUUAUCCCCGAAAAUUGGACUCUGCCCUGCUUAGACGCUUCUUGCCCGGCGUGGCGGUCACGUUGCCCGAUCUCGACAGUAUUCGUCUAUUUGUCGAACAACGUUCAAUUUUCGGCAAAUUAAUUUUAACCGCCUUUCCCGAUACGCCCCAAAAAAUGUACGCCAACCACUUUAGUCAGGACAAUAUAACCAGAUAUUUGUCCAUUUUGUUGGAUAGAUUGGCCAAUUGGGGUAGUGAACCGAACCAACGCUACUCUACGACACAGGGUCUCUCUUUCACCAACAUUUACAACAAUAAAAACGAAAUAACCACCAUAUAUUAUAGGGAUGGUGCCGGCACACCGCUCUCUGAGAGUAACAUUGCAGACAAUUUGGCCGCAUUUGGCGUACCCCAAAAUAUAACCAUGGCUCCCGUCGUUUAUGCAAAUCUUCAAAUGCUGAUGCGAGAAGUACAACGCGUCGUGUUUGUUUCUAAUCUGGAGAGUAUUAACGACGCCACUUUGCCCGAGAUUUAA